ACAACAAAAGAGAAUUGCAUUCUGGGAUUGACCUGUUCAUUCAGUGAGUGAUAUAGUGUUUCUAACUCAUUACGUACGUUCACUGAUAGACCCUUGCAGGAAAUCGUUUCUUCGGUGUAACAUUUUAGACACGAAUUUUAGUUUUUGAAAGAAAUACAUACACACAAACCCACACACACAUACAGUCAUACACAUCACACACUCUUUUUUUGUUUAUUCUCACACGUACAUGCACACACAAUUGUUUGUAAACACACAAUCACAUAUACAUAUAUAUACAAAGAAGUACGCAUUUUUACAAGAGCAACACAAGUGUUUGUAAACACACAUUUGUGCAGUAGUAUAUAUAUAUAUAUAUAUAUAUACAUACAUGUGUGUGCAUCGUCCCAUAUUUUAUAGGUAUGUGUACAUGUAAAUAUAAUUAUAAAUUCGCAUAUAAAGACUAUGAAUUAUAUUAUACUACCAAUGAUAGCUGUAUAGACGCAUGAAUAUUUACCUACACUUUUAUUGUCAGUAAAUACAAAACAGUCAUAGUGAAACUAGGGAAGAGAAAGAUAAAGCAAGGAAUAUAACCAGUUUGUGCAUACAUACAUACAUACAUACAUACAUACAUACAAACAAACGAACAAAUAUUUAUACAUUUAUUAAUAUUUCACGAGUCAGUCUCUUCAUCCCGAACGAAACAUGAGUUACGCCAAAUUCCGGGAAAAUGGAGAGUUCUCAGAUAUUACCAUCUGGGUUGGUAACACAGAAUUUAAACUUCACAGAUUUCCUUUGCUAACCAAGUCCGACUACAUUUGCAAGCGUGUGAGGGAAUUGUCUGAAGGAAUUGUUGGAAACGUUCUAAGUUUAGAACUGAAAGAUUUCCCGGGUGGUUCAGAUGUAUUUGGUCUUAUUGCAGAUUUUUGUUAUGGAAUCAAUAUAAGUUUGAUCGUCGAUAAUGUGGUUGAACUCCGACUGGCAGCAGCUUAUUUGGAGAUGAUGGGUACAGAUAACUUAAUCGAAAUGACUGAAAAAUUUAUCGAAAAUAUGGUAAUGUCUUCAAAGAUUAGUCGGUCUGCUGACACCAUCAUUAAGCUUUUACAGAACUGUUGCAAUGUCAGGGAAAUGGCUGAGGAAAUAGGUUUGGUUGAUAAAUGCACGGAUGCACUGGCAAGAUGUUGGUCUACACCUCCGACAAGGUUCAGCAACCCCAAUCGGAAGAAACUUAUCGAUGUAUAUGACAGUGGCGUUGUUGAACAGUUGUAUGAAUUACCCAUUGUUUGGAUACUUAAAGUUAUAGCAUGUGCCAAAGAGAAAGGGGUCCAGAAAAAUUGCUUGUCUGAGCUGGUACUGUCACUGAUUCGCCUUGCAAUGGAGAACAGUUUUGUUGAAAAGGGAGAUUUCGAGAAUUUGAAGAAAAAUGACGAUCAAUCAGGAAAACCACACAUAGUUCGUGACUGCGAUUUAAUUAGAGACACUAAAUAUGUUAAUUCCGAAGAAAACGAAGUUGGACGUAUCAAGCGUAGUACUAUUGUGAUGGCUGCCAUGUUGGAAGAACUACCCCUCGAAACUUUUGAAAAUGAUUUCUUUUCUGUAGAUAAUAUUCUAACAAUUUUGCCUGAAAUAAUUUCCUGUGAACCCCAGCAAAGACAAGCAGUUUUGAAAAAAGCGAUUCGUCCACUUUUUAAUCGGUUAUCCUCAGGCGAAAUAUCCCUCAUAAAUCCAGAUGUAAUGUAUGAAAUUGUUACAAGUUCCUUUGCAGCAGAUCCGUUGAUGGUGAAUGAACUCAGCAAAUUUAUCAAUGUUUAUUUGAUCGAAAGAUCGCAAAGGAAUAGUCUGAAGAAAGAAACUUUUAAAAUGUUGCUCACUUCCAUUCCGCUUGUUCAUCAACCCAACUCUGAUAAGAUUCUAGAGAUCUUGGAAUGUCUGAUCGAUUCAGAACAAGCGAUGACUAAAGAGGAACGCACGUCGCUUAUCAAAUCAGUGGAUUGGAGUGCUUUCAGUGAAGCAGCAUUAGAAAAAUCUUUGGACAAAAGCAUCAUUCCCUCAAAGUACAUUGCUAGAGCUGCAGUUAACCUAUGUAAAAGACUUCGGCAGACUAUUGAACACCUUGAAAAAAGCAGAAAGGCUGAAAACGACAGAGUUCCGGUAACCAGCGGAAGUGGUUCGUUUAUUGCCGGGGAUUAUUUAAGGGUCCAGUCAUCGGAUCGAACACGUGAAGAAGAACUUCAAGCUGAAGCAAAUGAUUCAGAAGAAGAACUUUCGAAUGUCAAUCACAUGAAUACAAAUCUAAUUUUGAGUACUGAUCCCUUGGAAACAACUGGAUCUCAUGUUUUGCCCAGCAACUACACGUUUCGCGCUCUUAAUUUCGACGAGUCCAGCUUAGAUGAGGAUUUCAGUGUCAAAUAUGAUGAUCUGAAUAUCAGGGACCUUGACCACAGACUGAAGAUGCAAGCUCCAACCUCAAACUAUAAUUUCAAACCAUACAACUAUUAUGUUAAACCGUACUGAUUAAUAAUGUCCUCCGUUUCAAAAUGUUCGACACAUAUUUGAUUUUUAAAACGACACACACUAUGAUUAAAAAGAAAAUAUUAUUUCUGUAUCACCAACGUCAAAAUUAAAUUCGUAGAUAUUUGCAGCAAUUUCUUACAGUAAAUAAUAAAAGAAAACAUAUUGAAAUAACGUGUGUAGUAUUCUCUCAAUCUAAGAAAUUCAUUACGAUGAUUUGUAUGCUUAUUCUUAAUGCAUUCUUCAAAUUCCGCCGAGGACGACUUUGCCUUUCAUCCUUUCGGGGUCGAUUGACUAAGUACCAGUUACGCACUGGGGUCGAUGUAAUCGACUAUCCCCCUCUCCCACAAUUUCAGGCCUUGUGUCUACAGUAGAAAAGAUUCUUAAUACGUUCUAGUAGACUGAAACACAAUUACGCUAGUUGCUGCUGUGUACGUCAAAGGAGAACAACUUUUCACAUUGACAACGACAGUGCGUUCAUAAAACACGUGGCUCAUUGAUACAAGGGAUUCUGGGACACCUAGAACUGAUAGGAUAGAGCGCAAAGUAUCUUGUUUUCCACAUAUACCAGACCGCAUCAUCACGAAGGAUUUCUCCGGACGAACGCUCCUUUUCACAUAGCAGCAAGAACUAGCCAUUCUACUCAGAACCAGAAAACAGUUUAGUCCUCAACAACUACGAACACUCAGUUAAUAUGCAGUUUAGGGAUUUUAAAAAAUGGAGGUAAAUUGACUGGAAGCGCAACGGUUGCAUCCCAUAAUUUCAUUAAGAGGACAUAAAGAGAACUUGUGAAAUCCCUUACUUAUAUUAUCAGAAGUCGUUCAUUAUGCGGCGUCCACAGGUAACUACAGGUGUAGCGCUUUCACGUGAUAGCUUAAGUAUUUCUGAAAUUACAGCCGAGGUGCACUAACGUACUAUAUCAACAACGAACACUACUAUAAAGGCAAUUCAGAGGCAUGUAUGUCAACGCAUAAUGGCCAAUAAAGUUACAUCUGAGCAAUGCAAUAAUCCUGCAUGACUGCUGAGCUGUAAAGAAAGAAUCGACGGGAAGAAGUGGCGUUGUUCUUAUCGAUUCACGUUAUAUACAUUGAUAAUGUUACAUAAAUCAUUUAUAUUAAAAG